CUCCCACCAGCCUUUCUCCACUCUAAUUUAUAUAUAAGCAAAAACCCAUCGUCAAUUUACAGCAGCAUAUCUGUCUUGCGCCUCCCUCUCUCACUUUCCUCUCUUUCUCCGCUUCCUUUGAGGUCGGAGGAAGGCCAAGGGUCUCGCCUUUUUCCCCCUCUAUCCCUUCUUUCUUCGACCUCUCAAGGAUACCCAUCUCUCCCAAUAUCGGAUCGAGGAGUAAUAGCAAAUGGGUUCUGUCUAAAUCAUAAAAACGGGUCUGUUCUUAACUUCUUUUGAUUUUUUGUUUUGUUUUCAUUAAUGGGUCGGAGUCAAUUUCAAGUUCUGAAAUCCAAGAAUGAUGGGUUCUUCUCUAAUCCUGGAUUCGGUUUGCAAUGGAGUAACAACAACAACAACAACAACAACAAAGAAGGCUCCUUUCAUCCCGGAGGUUUGUUCGCUAGUGUCGGCCAGGUUGGUAAUACAGGGUUUGGUAUAUCACCCAAUACCCCAAACCCUAAGGACAAUAGUAAUACUGGGUUAAAGGUACCUUAUGCUGAUCUAUAUGUGAAAUAUGUGAAUUCCCCAAACCCUGAGGAAUGUACAACUGUGAGUGUCCUAGAUGAGGAUGAGAUUCAGGAAGGAUUGAAAAAGAAGAAGGUGGCUAAGUUCAAGAUUAAGGUUAAGAAUCCAUCUUUGAGGAGGCUGAUAAGUGGUGCAAUUGCUGGAGCAUUUUCUAGGACUGCGGUUGCACCUUUGGAGACUAUUAGGACUCAUUUGAUGGUAGGAAGUAGUGGGCAUUCAUCUACUGAGGUUUUUCAUGAUAUAAUGAAGCAUGAUGGAUGGAAAGGAUUGUUUAGAGGCAAUUUUGUUAAUGUUAUUCGUGUAGCUCCAAGCAAAGCUAUUGAGUUGUUCAUUUAUGACACUGUCAACAAGAACUUGUCGCCGAAACCUGACCAACAACAGAAACUACGGAUACCUGCCUCAUUUAUUGCAGGAGCAUGUGCUGGAGUUAGUUCCACUCUAAUUACAUAUCCACUUGAAUUGCUCAAGACAAGAUUAACCAUUCAGAGAGGUGUUUAUGAUGGCCUGUUCGAUGCAUUCGUAAAGAUACUACAAGAGGGUGGACCUGGGGAGCUUUACCGUGGCCUAACUCCAAGUAUUAUCGGUGUGAUCCCAUAUUCAGCAACGAAUUAUUUUGCAUACGAUACAUUAAGGAAGGCUUAUCGAAAGAUUUUCAAAAAAGAAAAGAUCGGAAAUGUAGAGACACUUCUGAUAGGAUCGGCUGCAGGUGCAAUCUCGAGCACAGCUACGUUCCCACUCGAGGUAGCGAGGAAACACAUGCAAGUAGGAGCUCUUAGCGGAAGACAAGUGUAUAAGAACGUGAUCCACGCUUUGGCCAGCAUUCUUGAACAGGAAGGAAUCAAUGGUUUGUAUAAAGGUGUUGGUCCAAGUUGCAUGAAGUUGGUUCCUGCUGCUGGGAUUUCUUUUAUGUGUUACGAAGCUUGCAAGAAGAUUUUGGUGGAAGAUGAAGAUGAUGAUGAAACUUAAGAGAAGAAGAAAUGAAGGGGAUAAAACUAAUAAUAAUAAUUUGAGACUUUCAAGAGAUUUUGGUUAAGAUUUUAAUUAUUGUUUGAAUUUUUUUUUAGCAGAUUUUCAUUUGAUGGAUAUCUUUUUUUGGUUUGUGAUAAAAGUACUUGGUUUUGAUUAU